AUGGAGAAGUCGAGGUCCAGCAAGUGGGGAAAGCUGGGGCCCACCGCCUCUCAGAGGGGCUUCGCGCUUGUCGAUGAGGCCAAGGAGGCCCCAAAGGAGUACCUCUGCCCGAUCACACUGCAGCUCAUGAAGGAUCCUGUGCUGCUGGUCGAGACAGGCCAAGUGUACGAUCGAGAAUCGAUAGAGGCCUGGUUCAAGAGUGGGCACAACACCGAUCCAUCAACUGGUGUAAAAGUUCGACAUCAGCGGCUGUCGACAAUUUAUCCAUUACGGUCAGCAAUCCAACAAUUUGCCAAACAGCACAACAUCGAACUGGAACCUGAGGAGAGUGAGGAGGAGGAUGUCAAGAGUGGCGAUUCGUCAACAUGGGAUGUUCCAAACCCGCUGGAGUGCCUGGUUCUGCAGGGUGUAUCUGUUUAUGACAUAAAGGGUCUAUGCAAGUUGAUGGUGUCUGGUGAUAGUGCAGAAGCACUUGCAGCAAUGCAACUGCUGGGAGACAUGGCAAGACACGGAGAAAAGAGACAGAAACGAAGAAUAACCCAGCACUGUUCCAUCGAUCAGCUGAAGAAAAAGUUGAAUGACACUGACACUCGAUUUCAAGUCCAGGCUGCCCGUCUGCUGCUCUACCUCCCAGGGGAGGACAUGACAAUGGGACAGAUGCUCAAGCUCCUGAAAUAUGCGAAUCCACAGCUGACAGAGGACGUGCUAUUGUUGAUUUGGCAGCAUGCUUACCGGCAUCGCUCCCGAAUGAACGAGAUAGCACAGGCAAUACAUGAUCUGGGAACAGGGGAGAUUAUUACCUACAUGAAGACAAUGGCAGACCCAACACAGAACAACGAUUAUGCGGAUGAGGUUCGAGCGUAUGCAGCAUUUGUCUUGACAUGCAUCUGCUACAGGCCAAGAUCACGUUCGCAAAUCGUUAGUGGCAAUGCUGUGUCGUUGCUGGUGCACUACCUGGCAACGACGACUGACGUUGGGUUCAGGCUUUGCCUUCUGAAGGCUGUACAGUACCUGUGCGAAGACCGGGCUGCUCGAGAGCUGAUUCAGCAGAAUGGGGCCGUGAGACAUUUCAUGAACCACCUGCCACCACUGAAUCGGCAAGUGCUCUACACAGCACGUGUGUUCAAUGAUUGGUUUGCAUGGGUGACGGUCCCUGAGACUGCGGUUAAGGCACUGUACCAUCUGUCAAAGAAUGACAGGGCGCGGUAUGAGAUGAGGACGUCAGGUCUGGUCCCAGCACUCAGGGAGAUGAGUAGGACCUCAAACAUUCCUGAGAAGGCAAAGAGCAAAUAUGUGGGACCCCUGAUGGCCAGGCUGACGGCAUCACAGUCCUGUUUUGUGAACUGA